CGCCGCGACGCCGACCACGCGCGACCCCAGCGCCGAGCUGCCGAGCCGAGGGGAGGCGCGCGUAGCCACGCGAGCGCGCGCUCGUCCAGCGCGACCCACCCAGCGGCACCACCGGGGUGCUGCUCUGUUAGAGCGAGUGCGAGCUCGGAGCUUGCACCAGUUCAGAGUGACAAAAGGAAAAUAAAAAGAAAACGGAUGUGACUCCAGGGCCGGCCAAUGUUCCUACUGGAUGCCUGACCCAUCGGCGAUAUCACAGUACCGCUGCCCUGCCGCUAUUUGACCGGUUUCUACCUGCAAAGACGCACAAAGAGACCAAAGUUCACCUGGAAUUGGCCUUAACGCGGCGCGGAUUACUUCGACGGAUCAUUGGAGUUUCACCUGAUCAGAAUGCCGGGUGGAGGUCGCGGAUCGCGGUGAGCCUUUGUCGCCAUGGAAGCAACCGUGUCCCCAACGGGCGGACUGCCGAGCGAACUCCCGGCCGGACUGCCGCUGGCUGCGUGGGACUCUGUGCUCCUCCUCAACGGCAGCGUGCUCUCCCACAACGGCACGCUGAACAACGACACCUUUCUGGACGAGCCACUCUACCCCGUCCCCUUUCACAUUGUGCUACUCCUGACGUUCUUCUACGUGUCCAUAUCAGUGGCCGCCAUAGUAGGCAAUGGCCUGGUGCUCUGGGUGGUAGCUACAUCGCGUCGCAUGCAGUCUGUCACAAACUGCUUCAUCGCCAACCUGGCCCUAGCUGACGUCAUCAUCGGGCUCUUUGCCAUUCCUUUCCAGUUCCAGGCCGCCCUGCUGCAGCGCUGGAGCCUGCCCGAGUUCAUGUGCCCCUUCUGCCCGUUCGUCCAGGUGCUCAGCGUCAACGUCAGCGUCUUCACCCUCACAGCCAUCGCCGUGGACCGGCACCGCGCCGUACUCUCGCCCCUCAGCUCGCCGCCCACCAAGUUCCGAGCCAAGGUGAUGAUUGUCAUCAUCUGGCUGCUCUCCCUCGCACUGGCGAUGCCCAUGGUGAUGGCGCUGGGAGUGGUGCAGGUCCCGGACGAGACGGCCGUGCCGCCACCCGACCUCGCCCUGGGGCUCGCCGACGUCGAGGUGCCCAUCGUGCCGUCCACCAAGCCCUUCUGCAAGCUGACGGGCAUGACCGACCACGGCAUGCUCAUCUACCGCAUGAUCUUGGUGGUGGUGCAGUACCUCACGCCCUUGAUCAUCAUCUCGCUGGUGUACACACGGAUGGCGCACCGCCUGUGGGGCUCGCGCGCCCCGGGCAACGCAGAGGACUCUAGGGACGCCACGCUGCUCAAGAACAAGAAGAAGGUAGGCUGCCAGCUUUUGCAACCGAUCGAUAAUGGCCUUGUUUAUGCACAACAACAAGAAGAUGUCCGACGCGCAAGAAAUGCUCGGUUCACCUGUGUUUUACUUGAUAUGGGCCGUCCUGAGAAGUUCCAGCGCGAGUUCCGGCUGCGCCUGGACGUGUGCCUGCGGCGGUCGCCGGCCGGCCGCGGGUCCAUCUCGCGCGAGCUGAGCAACCUGGACUCGGGGCGCUGGGAGUGGCCCGCGCACGGCGGCCGCGCCGGCACCCUCGCGCUCAAGAACGGCGACAAGCUGCACCCGGCCCUGGGCACGCUCGGCGCGCUCGACCACCACAACAACCACAUUUCGGGCUCCAACUCGGGCCUGUCCGUGCUCACGGGCCACACCUCGCUCACCCCAUAG